AUGAAGUUGAUGAAAGGUGCGACAGAAGCGAUUGUCGUGGCUGGUGGAGCUGAACAGGGAGAUGUCAUUGUUGGCGGAAACGGUGAAGGAAAACAAGCCAACCGGUUGCACUACCCAGCAGGUUUGUCAUUCGACCGACAUGGCAAUCUCUAUGUCAUCGACAAGUGGAAUCAUCGAGUGCAACGAUUCUCAAUCGACGACGAUGCUGAAGCCAUCUCAGAAUCAGUGGCUAAUAAUACACGAUUAACACCAAAAUUAAAUCGUCUACGUCCAAGAACAGUCGGUGUUGGUGCAAAGCAAUUGGCUGGUAAUUCUCAGAAAUCUUCAACCAGCAGUUCAUUAGUUGGAAAGAAACGAAAACAAGAUGAUGACAAUGAUGUUAGCUGA